ACAAGCCGAGAACGCGUCGAAGCGAUUUUGCGAAAAAAAAAAGCGAAAAUGUUUUUUAACAGAACUGUCACAGACGCUCUCUACAAGCAGAACACUGAUUUUUUCGACGCCUCAUUUCAGAGGUCCGACGAAUUGAAGCAUGCCACUCACGGAGAGGAGGGCUAUUCCUUGCUGCAUUUUGCCGUCAGAUACUGUAGCGAGCGAAUGGUCGUAUACUUCUUGGACAGAGGCUUCUCAGUGUACAGCCGAACGUUUUACAAUCAGACCGCUCUCCACGUGGCUGUGAUUUACUGCAAAUACGGCGCGGUGAAGCUUCUCAUCGAACGGGGCUCUCCCAUCAAUGCCAGAGACUCGAUGGGCCGUACUGCCUUGCACUGCGCUAUGGAAGCGGGCACGAUGUGCCAUAUCUCAUCUGAAAACAGCAACGUGUCAAACGCACUGCUCGAUCUUGUCAUAUUCAACACUUACGUCCCCCGCUUGAAGAAUAAGACUUUUCUAUUCUAUUGCACGGAAAGGCGCAGCGAAGGCGAUUUUUCAUCCGCCAAUAAUCGCGAUAUCAUCUCGCAUCUCCUCAGUUGCGGCGCCGAGGUUAACGCUUCGACUGAAGAGGAAGAUACACCCUUAUUUCAAGCCAUAGCACGUGGAUCCCCGAGCUGGCUGCAGUACUUCUUGGAACGCGGCGCGAACCUGAAACAGUGCAAACAAGACUACAAUGCGCUACAUUACGCCGCGUGGAUGAGCGACAAUAAGAAGCUCGUCGAGCUACUGCUUGACGCAGGGAUCGAAGUGAACAGCGCCACAGAGGAUCUAAAACAAACAGCUUUGCAUCUGGCUGCCAGCAGUGCUAAGAAUGUGGAGAUUGUUAAUCUGCUCAUCGAACGCGGGGCGAAUAUUCAUGCUAAGGAUGGCAACGGUGAUACGCCGAUUUUUUGGGCAAUAGGUUCCGCAAUCAGCUACGAGUAUAUAAACGAAUUAGAAGUCGUCUUCAAUGAUCCCGAAGAAGAAUGUUCCUCAUAUUACCUCUAUGACGAACCGCAGAAAGUUCAGCGUCGCCACCAAAUAAUAUGCAGUCUGCUAAACGCCGGUGUUGAUGUAAAUGAUACCAGUGACGAGGGUGUAAUGGCCUUCCAUCGGGCUCUGAAUACCGGUCUCAAUUCCCUCAUUGAGCCGUUUCUAGAAAGAGGUGUCAAUGUUCGUUCCAAGACUCCACAGGGCUUGUCAGUCCUACAUGCAGCUGUCAAAUUUGCGUCCGAGACAGUCCUCGAAACGCUCAUCGACAAAGGUGCUUCGAUGGAUGACAAAAUCCCAUACUUCGGAGUUACACCGCUGCACCUUGCUACGCAGUUAUGCAAUGAGAAGCAUAUCAUGCUGCUACUAGCGAAAGGAGCUAAUGUCAACGUCACCGAUAACAAAGGUUGUACUCCUCUGCAUUACAUUGCAUAUGUAGUAAACCAAUAUCCCCUGGAAGCGUAUUGCCUGGUCGAGAAGAUCAUAGGUAUUCUUCUGGACAACGGCGCUGAUUUCUUCGCCAGAACAAUCGAAGACAAAACUACAUUAGAUUACGCAGUUGCAAUUGACAAUGACCAGGCGAUCGAGCCUCUGCUGCGUCAUUUAGCCUACCUAGAAGCUAUGGGCGACCCCAGAGCCUUGGAACUGGUCACGCGUGUAAUCGGCAACAAUGACGAGCUGAUGCAGAUCUACGAGAAGUAUCAGCUCGAGCUCUUCAGCAUGAAGGAGGAGAAGAUCUACGCGGAUGUUCACUAUAUUGAUACGAUCACGCUUGACCUGAAAAUUUGGGUGCGAAACGAUGAGUUCGUCGAGGCGUUCAAGAACAAUCAGACGAUCAAGAAGUUUUACUUUUAUGAGAAAGUGUCGAAGAAAUUUGACUAUGCCUUGAGAGCGAGAGAUGCGAGUGAAUGUAUUGCUUUGUUGUUCAAUCAUAUAGGAUUGCCGAUUGAAGUUUGUGAGAUGAUAGUAGAAUAUUUUAAGCUGGAAGAUCUUAAAAAAAUGCAAGGAGGCCAAGUUUUGAUCGGUUAA